AUGGUCGCCCUACGUAUUGUUAGCUUUCUGUUCUGCGCGCACCCAGCCGCUACCACACGGCUCGCGCCACAUCUAGGAACUUACGAGGCCGACGCGCCCACGGCGAAGAAGAUGCGAGCGAGGAGGAGCUGGGGGUACACGUUCCUCGCCUGGACGAAGAUGGCCAGCGCGAGGCCGAUCAGCGUGUACCCGAUCGUGGCGACCCAUCGCACACCCAGGCGAUCCGAGACCAGGCCCCAGGCAGGGCAGGCGACGAGCGCAACGAGCUCGUCAGCGAAGCCGAGCGUGCCGACGACGUUGCCGACGCCAUGCUUCUGGCCAAUGAGGUCGGUGACAACGAAGGAGACGGAGCUGUUGAGGAAUACGAGGAAGGAGAUGGAGAAGAGCGAGACGCCGAGGAGGUAG